UGCGCGCCCGCCCGCUGCUGUUUCCCGCCGGAGCUCGUCGGGCCACCCCGGCCGCCCUGGCCGGGCCCCAUGGCCCAAAUCCCCGACGGCAUAUCCUGUGAGCUGCGAGGCGAGAUCACCAGAUUCCUGUGGCCAAAGGAGGUGGAGCUGCUGCUGAAAGCCUGGCUGCCUGAGCGGGAGGGUGCUGAUCGAAGUCAUGUCCUGGCGCUGCUACGGUGGAGAGCCUAUCUGCUCCACACCUGCCUCCCCCUAAGGGUGGACUGCACAUUCAGCUACCUGGAGGUCCAGGCCAUGGCACUGCAGGAAACACCCCCUCAGGUCACCUUUGAGCUGGAGUCCCUGCCUGAGCUGGUCCUGGAGUUUCCUGGGGUGACUGCCCUGGAACAACUGGCCCAGCAUAUCACUGUGGCCAUCAAGAAGGUCUUCCCUCGCUCGGCCCUUGGGAAACUAUUCCGGAGGCCCACACCCCCCUCGAUGCUGGCUCAGCUGGAGAGAAGCAGCCCCUCAGAGGCCACCACACCUGGCAGCCCUUGUGGUGGCUUCUUAGAGACCUAUGAGGCUCUGUGUGACUACAACGGCUUCCCCUUCCGAGAGGAGAUUCAGUGGGAUGUGGACACCAUCUACCAUGGUCAGGGCUGCCGCCACUUCAGCCUAGGAGACUUUAGCCACCUCGGCAGUCGGGACCUGGCCUUGAGCGUGGCUGCCCUGUCCUACAACCUGUGGUUCCGGUGCCUCUCUUGCGUGGACAUGAAGCUGAGCCUUGAGGUCUCCGAACAGAUUCUGCACAUGAUGAGUCAGUCUUCCCACCUGGAGGAGCUGGUGCUGGAGACCUGUGGCCUGAGGGGAGACUUUGUUCGGCGGCUGGCCCAGGCACUGGCAGGAAACUCGAGCUCUGGGCUGCAGGAGCUCAGCCUGGCGGGGAACCUGCUGGAUGACAGAGGCGUGGCUGCACUCAGCAGACACUUAGAACAGCGUCCAGGAGCCCUGAGGAGACUCAGCCUAUCGCAGACCGGGCUGACUCCUAAAGGGAUGAGAGCCCUGGGCCAGGCACUGGCCACCAAUGUGGCCUUCGACUCUGCCCUGAUCCACCUGGACCUUUCUGCAAAUCCCGGGGCCCUGGGACCCUCAGAAGACGAUGGAGGCCUGUAUGGUUUCCUGAGCCGUCCUAAUGUUCUGACGUUCCUGAAUCUCGCAGGCACCGACACCGCUCUGGACACUCUCUUUGCAGCGCUGUCCCACGGCUGCUGCGCCAACCUCACCCACCUCGACGCUUCGAGGAACGUCUUCUCCCGCAUAAAAUCCCGGGCCACGCCAGCCGCGCUGCAGCUCUUCCUCAGCCGUGCGGGGGCGCUGCGACACCUGGGCCUGGCAAACUGCAAGCUGCCGCCCGACGCUCUCAGGGCCCUGUUGGAAGGCCUCGCGCUCAACACGCACAUAGGUGAUCUGCACCUGGACCUCAGCGCUUGUGAGCUGCGCUCCGCUGGCGCUCAGGUGAUACAAGACUUGGUGUGCGACGCGGGCGCCGUGAGCUCCCUGGAUCUGGCGGAUAAUGGCUUCGGCUCAGACAUGGUGACUCUGGUGCUGGCCAUCGGGAGGAGUCGGUCCCUGCGACAUGUGGCGCUUGGGAGGAACUUCAACGUCCGGUGCAAGGAGACCCUGGACGACGUCCUGCACCGAAUUGUCCAGCUCAUGCAGGACGACGACUGUCCCCUGCAGUCUCUGUCUGUAGCUGAGUCGCGGCUGAAGCUGGGCGCCAGCGUACUGCUCCGUGCCCUGGGCACCAACCCUAACCUGACAGCUCUGGAUAUCAGCGGCAAUGCCAUGGGGGACACCGGCGCCAAGAUGCUAGCCAAGGCGCUGCGGGUCAACACGAGGCUUCGGUCUGUUGUCUGGGACCGAAACAACACGUCUGCGCUGGGCCUGCUGGACGUGGCGCAGGCCCUGGAGCAGAACCGCAGCCUGAAGGCCAUGCCUCUGCCACUGCAUGACGUGUCCCAGGCGCAGCGCAGCCGCCCAGAGCUGACAGCACGUGCAGUGCACCAGAUCCAAGCCUCUCUCUGGAGAAACAAUCGCGCAGACCCCGCCAAUUCUGACCACGCCUCCUGUCUGCAGCCACGCGGUUUGGUCUCAAACCCCUCAGAGCAGGAAGUGAAUGAACUGUGUCAGUCGGUGCAGGAGCAUGUGGAGCUGCUGGGCUGUGGGGCUGGACCCCAGGGUGAAGCUGCUGUGCGCCAGGCUGAGGAUGCCAUUCGCAACGCCAACUUCUAUCUCAGUGUUCUCCCCAUUCUAUAUAAGGCUGGGAGCUCCCCAAGCCAUCGCUGGCAGCUGCAGCAGAAGCUGGAGGUCCUGCUGGGACAGGUGGGCAAGGUCUGCCACCAAGACAUCCAGGACUUUACUCAGGCCACACUGGACACAACGAGGAGCCUCUGCCCACAGAUGCUGCAGGGACCUGGCUGGAGGGAGCAGCUAGAGGGGGUCCUGGCAGGCUCAAGUGGCCUCCCAGAGCUGCUCCCAGAGCAGCUACUGCAAGAUACCUUCACUAGGCUCAGAGACAUGCGGCUAUCAGUCACAGGGACCUUGGCAGAGAGCAUUGUGGCUCAAGCUCUGGCGGGUCUGAGUGCAGCCCGAGAUCAGCUGGUGGAGAGUCUGGCUCAGCAGGCAACAGUGGCAAUGCCCCCAGCCUUAUCAGCACUGGAUGGAGGCGAGCCCAGCCCCCUUGGGCCUGGGGAAUUGGAAAGCCUUUUCUUCCCUGAGGAGGAGGAAGAGGGGGAUAAGAGUCCUCCAUGGAAAUGGCCUGAGCCCAGCCAUUGUCUUUGCCUGGUCCCCUCCACUCACACCCCUGCGCCAUCCGACUCGGGCCCGGCCACGGCCCCGCCGCCAGCACCACCACCGCCCGCCACCGGGGGGCCCCCAGGUGAGCGCCCUCCCCCAACUCUGGAGCUCGUGGGAUCGGGGGUCAUGAGUGGUCCGUUCGUUCCUCAAGUACCCCCAGCCCUCCCGCAGGAAGGGAAUGGGCUCAGUGCCCGCGUGGACGAGGGUGUAGAGGAAUUCUUCUCCAAAAGACUGAUACAUCAGGAUCGCCUCUGGGCCCUUGAGGAGGACCCGGCCACUGAGGGAGGUACCACUCCUGUCCCCCGCACACUGCGAAAGAAGCUGGGCACCCUCUUUGCCUUCAAGAAGCCUCGUUCAGCACGAGGGCCACGGCCUGAUCUAGAGACCAGCCCUGGGGCAGCUCCCCGCGGCCGGAAAGCCACACUUGGGGACCUGCUGCGGCCACCAGCCCGCCCAGGCCGUGGUGAGGAGCCUGGUGGGGCUGAGGGGGGCACCAGCAGCCCUGACCCUGCCCGCAGGAGCCGGCCACGCUACACACGGGAUAGCAAGGCCUACUCGAUGAUACUGUUGCCUGCUGAGGAGGAGGAGGCAGCAUUGGGUGACAGACCUGACAAGCGGCGGCCCCUGGAGCGGAGAGACACAGAGCUGGCACCAUCCUUUGAACAGCGUGUACAAGUGAUGCUGCAGAGGAUUGGUGUGAGCCGAGGCAGCGGGGGUGCCGAAGGCAAGAGGAAGCAAAGCAAAGAUGGAGAGAUCAAGAAGGCUGGCUCUGAUGGUGACAUUAUGGACAGCUCCACGGAGGCUCCUCCCAUCUCGAUUAAGUCUCGGACACACUCUGUGUCUGCAGACCCCUCGUGCAGACCUGGCCCAGGGGGCCAAGGGCCUGAGCCCGCCUCCUGGAAGACUCUAGGGCAGCAGCUGAAUGCGGAGCUGAGGGGUCGUGGCUGGGGCGAACAGGAUGGUCCAGGCCCUCCCUCCCCAUGUCCCAGCCCAAGCCCCCGAAGAGCCAGCCCCUCCCCGGACAGCCUGGGCCUCCCAGAGGAUCCUUGCUUGGGCCCCAGGAAUGAAGAGCGGCCCCUGCGGCUACAGCGCUCCCCUGUCCUCAAGCGCAGGCCAAAGCUCGAGGCGACCCUGUCCCCAAGCCUAGGACCUGGCUCUGGAGCCAAGCCUCUGCCCCCACAGCCCACAGAGCCCUCCAGCCCUGAGCAGAGCCUACCCUCCCCAGCCACAGACCAAAGAGGCGGCGGUCCCAAACCCUGACCCUCUUCCCUCCUGCCGCAUGAGAUUAUUUUAUUAAAAAACUCACAGCACAGUGCAAAGCUCUGUUUAUCCACCCACAGGCAUGACCUUAUGUGCACACAUACUCCCACAUGCUCACAUGGGCCUCACACCUGUUAGUUCAGACUCUGGUGGUGGCUCCAUUAGAAAGCGCAAGGCCCAGGCCACAAGCUCAGGAGGGAGUCUGAGGAGAGAACCAUGGCUGCAGAUCAGUACAGAUUGGAGCUAGUGACUAACAGAGUGGGGCAGCCCCAGGCACUCACCUGGCAGCUUGGACCCGGGCACAGAGGGAAGU